CUACCCCCCGAAAAAGUUGAAAAAGAAUAAUCUAAGUCCAAAGAAGAAUUUUUUAUACGAUAAUAAUUUAAUGACCGUAUAUUAUAUUUUAAAACUAUUUACGAUGUUUUUUUUUUCUUUUUCCUAGUUCUUCUUCUUUUCUUCUUUUUCCUUUUCGUCCUCGUCCUUAUCCUCGGGACUAAAAAAAAAAACAAUUGUCAAGACUUAUAUAUGUUUUAUCUUAAAACGAUUGUGUGAAAAUCUCUCUUUUAAAAUAAAAAUAAGUAAAAUGGGUAGAAGGAUAUUUUCAAUUACCUUAAGUUGAAGGUAGACAUGUUUAACAUGUCAAAGGUACUCCCUAAAAGGGAGUACCUUUCGGUCUCCGCGGUCUCCGCGCCAUUUCCACUCCUGGAAUAAUAAGAGUUCAGUAUAAAUAAAUAAAUAUAUAUAUAUUAUAUAUAUAUAUUUAAUAUAUAUUAAAGGAGGAAAAACUCAGGUGUGAUUUGGGGAAAAAAAAUAAAUAAAUCACUUACUCAUCACUAAUUGUGAUGAUAUCUAUGACAGGCCUGUAAAAAAAAAAAAAUCAAUGUUUUAAUAAUGAUGUAAAAGAAGUGUAUACAAUAUUUUUUGUAUUUUAAGACUAAUCAUUGCAAUAACUAUACUAACAUAUUUCUUCGCCUGGGGGCAUUGGGUGGACAUCUGUGUAGAAGAAAAUAAAAGGGGGAGAAUAGUUAAAACAUUUUUACUAACAAUUUAGAGGAUGAAGUUUGAUCAAAAUCCUUUUAGAAAAAAUAUACUAACCCCAAUGCUGCCGCGGGGCGCUGAGGGGUCUCGCUAUAAAGAAAAGCAAAGGAUACACAAUUUGCAAAUGAAAGAGUAUACACUAUUGCCUUUAUUAUGAAGAAGUGGAAAUUUGUUUAAAAUCAUGACAAAAAAAAAAUACUAACUCUCCAGCGGUUGCUGUUCUACGUCUACUUGGUUCUCUAUUUUAACAGAAAUAAAAAUGUGUCGAAUACAUAAAUUGAAUAUUAAUUAAAGAAAAGGUAUAAUUUCAUAUUUAUUGAUUAUGAUCUCUCGAAAAAUUUUCUGUAAAAUAAACUUACUCAGUAGGCGUACUGAAAAAUGAGAUAAAAAUGAAAAAUUGAAAGAUGAUCUUUUUAUGGUAACAUUAACAAAUGUCAAUGAAAAAAAUGUAUGAUUUUUAAAUAUAAUCAUUAAUCUUGAAUGUGAAAAAAAAAAUAUUGUAUAUUAAUUUUAUCUGAUCAUAAUACCUUUGAUAAGAAUUAUUUAUGAUGAACUAAGUGAAAAAAAAAAAAGAAGGAAAUCUUUUCAAGUAGAAGUAGAGAAAAAAAAAGUAAAAUUAUGGGAAAUACCUCGUCAUUGGGCCCCUUCGUUUGUUGGAAUAGAUAUCCAUGCUAUAAUUGAAAAAAAAAUUAAUAUUGGACAUACCUGAUGCUUAAGAAUAACAUCCAAAGAAUCAUAACUCCAGGAAGGAAUAAAAAUACUCACGGGCAGGGCAGGCUUCCAACCUGCUCACAUAUACAAGUUAGUUUUUCGAUGAUGUCUUUGACAUCAUCGCAUAUGCAUCGGCUUAAAAAAAAAAAAAGAAGAAAUAAAUAUCUCUGAAAAGAAGUUACGAUUUUUUUUUUCAGACUCAAAAAAAAAAAAAAAAAAAGAAUGAAAAUCAUGAAGUACCGUUCCAUGGUCAAAGACAAGGGGGUCCAAAAAGAAGGAGUGAAGAUUAGCGCGUUUUUUCCUCUUUUGUAUACGGUGAAGAGUCAGUGUUAAUUAUUAUUACUGAAUUUUGAUUGGAAAGGGUAUCUUAACAACCAAAAAAAAACCGGUUUUUCUUUUCUUCAUUUUUAAAGGAAAAAUGUCAAAUUGUUAAAGAUGACCUAAUAUGGUAAAACUGUGUCAUACAGGACCCCUCCCCGUGUAGUCGAAAGAACUCCCGAGUCAGAUUGAGUAAAAUUAAUAGGAGAAUGCGGGAACACCCCAGACAACAAUAGAUAAAGACAAUAAAUAAAACUUUUCUGAUACGGGUGAUAAUGAAUCAAUUAAGAAGACAUGUUAACUAUGUUAGUAGGUAAUCAUUGUUUAAAUGUACUUUAUGUCCCAUUUUAAUAAAAUACUUUCCAGUUAUUACACAUUUCCAAUUUUGUAUAAGCGGUUGUAUUCAUCUAAAAAAAAAAUUAUUUCUUCUGAUUUUGCAUCGAAAAAAAAAAUGGCAUUACGUAUUAUUUUAUGGUUGAUGACCACUUCUUUCGUCUAUGGGUGUGAUCUUUCUCAGGAAUGCAUAUAUUAUUUGGGUGAAUUUGUCGAGUGUCCUGGGGAGGAGGCCUGUGUGUAUUCAGGUAGAGUGGUACAGGUGAACUGUUGGAUAGAGAAAAUCCAGUUAUGGUUCCCCAUUGAAGAACUCAGGAUUAAAGGAAAUUGUCCAAUAGAGAACUUCAAGAAAUUCUGUCAGGACGGAGUCAAGACUAUCCUCAUGUUGGACUCGGACGAGAAAUUUACCUGUACAGAAAUGUCAUCAUCGGCGACGCUGCCAUCAUCGGCCCGAUCGGGGACGAGUUUUGAUGUGGAAGAACAUACUGACAUUCGUGAACACACCAUUUCUACAGAUUACUAUGUCUCUUCAACUCGCAUGCAGUCUUCAAACACUGCGACGUCAACCGACCUAUCAAACCCCUCGUCCUCGCCAUCGACAUUUGCAUACCAAAAGAUGACGACCCACCCUGCAUUGCAUUCAUCUACCCCGGAAUUAUUGACGACAAGCCCACACACAUAUUCAAUCACCACUUUCACCCCCCACACCGCUACAUAUCAGAGAAAGACAAUAAUACCCUCUUCUGUUAUAUCAUCAUUACCCCUUCAGUCAACAUUAUACAGUUCCCGCAUACACUCAACUAGAUUUAAUGACCAUACAACCGAAAAGUACACAACACCCAGUUCCCCUAACACGAGUACAACUGAGGACAUCAGCACCACGGAGGGCGUGACGACCAGGGGUAGUUCAGCAGAGGACACCCGGGGUACUAAGCAUGGACGUUUCAUAUAUCUUUACAUAUUACUAGCCAUUCCUAUAUUUAUUUUAGCAUGUGUGUGUAUAUUAAAAUAUAAACAAAGGAAAAAAAACAUUAUUCAUGAUUUAAAUUUAGAGACGAUUACAAACUAUGAGAAUGACAAUGAGAGCGAUGAAGAAACAGUAUACGAAUACGUAUCUACAGUGUAGUAAAUAAUGUUCUUUAUUCACACUAAGUAUUUAAUAAAACAUUCGUUCCAAGCACACCUCCUCUCAAUAUUUAGCAGAAGCAUGUUUUAUAAAAUAUAUUAAGUCAAUUAAUGUAACUAACAUCUUUUUUUUUUUUUAAAUGAUUUUAUCAAUUGCAUGCUGCAUGUGAGAAAUCUUAAAGUGAGUAUUUGUAUAUUUAUUUAUCAAUUGAUCUCUUUGAUUUCUAAU